AUGACACAGAACAGAACAGUCGGCAACUCUGUUGAGAUCGACGAUGUCGGCGGUGAGAAGUCAGGCAUGCAUCAGGAGAACGUUGAUCCUCUUAAGGAGGCGACCGCGGUAUGCGCAGACAUCAACAAUGUCGCUGCUCUCGGCUAUGAGAAUGCGGCGGAGAUGGAGAAAUUGAUUGUCCGAAGAUUGGACAUGUGGAUGCUUCCCCAGUUCUGGAUUCUGUACAUGUUCAACUACCUCAACCGGACAAAUAUUGCUCAGGCGCGACUGAAUACCUUCGACGAAGACCUCAACCUCCAAGACGGCGAUUAUCAGACUGCCGUGGCUGUCUUGACAGUUGGCUAUAUGCUCGCCCAGCUACCGUCAAAUAUGCUCAUCACACGAGUGAAGCCUUCUGUAUACUUGCCUGCCGCUGCUUUCGUCUGGUCGGCUGUCUCGGCCGCCACUGUGGGAUGUACCAGUGCUGGCGGUCUUUGGGCUGUUCAAUUCGUUCUCGGUAUUGUUGAAGCACCUCUGUUCCCGGGUGCCGUGUUUCUAAUGGCCUGCUGGUACACCCGUCGAGAAUUUGCUCUUCGCGUCGCUCUGCUCUAUUCCGGUUUAGUACUCGCGCAAGCUUUCUCAGGGCUCAUCGCCGCUGGUGUCUUUGCUGGUCUUGACGGCUCUAUGGGCCUGGCCGGAUGGAAGUGGCUUUUUAUCCUCGAAGGCGCUGCCAGCGCUUUCUUCGCUAUCACGGCAUACUUCAUCCUACCAAACUACCCACAUUCCGACAGUGGCGGCGCUAAGUGGUAUAUGACGCCUGAUAUGCGGAAGCUAGCGGCUGCCCGGAUCCUCGAUGACCGAGUCGAGGUCACUGAGAAGUCUACCGUCUGGCACGGCCUCAAGCUUGCCCUCAAGGAUAUGAAGCUAUACAUGUUUCUCUUCAUGAACGUCUUCAUCACGUCCUCGUAUGGUUUCAACAACUUUUUCCCAACGAUCGUGAAUGGACUAGGCUUUGGAUCUAGGGUAACCUCGUUGCUCAUGACUGCCCCUCCCUACGUCCUGGGAACGCUCUGCACCUUCUACGUGGCUUGGGAUUCAGAUCGUCGGCAGGAACGCGGUUUACAUAUCAUUAUCCCUCUAUCUUGCUCGGUUGUGGGAUUCAUCGUUACUGUUGCGACUGGCAACCCCGCGGCUCGAUACGCUAUGACUUUCCUCUACGCGGCUGGCUGCUUCUCCGCAAACACCCUACAGUACACCUGGGCCGUAUCAACUUUGGGUCAGACCCCCGAGAAGCGAGCAGCGGGUGGUGCUAUCGUCAACAUAUGCGGGCACCUGGGCAACGUCAUCUCACCUUACUUCUUUCCAGACAGAGACGCACCGCGAUACACAAUGGCCAUGAUCUUGCAAAUCGUCUUCGCGUCGCUCGGUAUCUGCCUCGCCAGCUUGAUCAAGUGGCACUUGACACGAAAGAACAGAAAGCUACGCUCAGAAGCGGAGAGGCUGGGCGUGGAGUACAACCCUUUCACGACCUAA